AUGAAGGAACCUUUUUGUUUCCUCUGGACUGCCUGUCUUUUCAUUUCUCUGCUGUGUCAGCGAGGAGCCCAAGCCUUUUUGUGCAGUAAUGGAGUCUCUUUGCCUUCUGACCAUGUGUGUGACUUCACAGACCAUUGUGGGGACAAGAGUGAUGAGCAGCAAUGCCAGAGUUAUGAAAGGUGUGACUUUGAGGAUGGGCUCGGCAGCAUGACACAAGAUCAGAAUCUACUACCUUGGAAAAGAAGAAGUGGGCUCAUUGGUCCUUCACCUCCAUUCUGGGACCACAAUGGCAACAUAUCUGCCAAUUUUCUCACAUUGGUCUCCAGAGUGAAUUCCAUCUCCUCAAACUUAAGAAGCAGAAUUUUCCUUCCAACUAAUGACCAGCAAGUUUGUCAGAUUACGUUUUAUGACUUCUCCAGUCACCAGAGCAACAAAUUGACAGCAGGCCUUCAAACCACAUGUGACAGUCCUAUCCAGCAGGUAUGGCAGAAAGCAGAGACAAUUCAGAGUCAGUGGGAGAGAAAUGUCAUCACAAUCCGGAGCUCACAGCCGUUUCAGGUUGUUUUUCAAGCUCAAAUGCUUGCCACUCAUGGACAAGAGGAAGUUAUAGCUAUUGAUGAUAUAUCUUUCAGUUCAGGGUGCUUGCCUGCAGAUGUGUGCCAGCCCUGUGGAUUUGACUUCGACAUGUGUGCCUGGGUAACCAAAGCACCUGCUGAGCAAACUUCUUGGAUGUGCACAAAAGCAAGUGAGGUCCCUUUACUGCACUCUGUACACUGGCAGGAUCAAAGUGGCAAUGAUGAAGGUUGCAUGGUAUGGCUGGGGGACAAUCAUGCUUCUACUUUCGGAUCUAUAGAGAGCAGUGCAUAUUUCAACAGUUCAGUAUAUCAUUGCACGGACAGACACUGCUAUCUUCAGUUCUAUUACACUAUGGAAAACAGUGUUCUGAGAGUAAGGCUGUACACAUAUAAGGAAGAAAAAAUGACUUGGACAUUCAAUACAUCAACUCACAAGACAUGGGUGAAAGCAGAGGUAUUAAUCCCAGAAGGUCUGAAGAUAUUUAAGGUUGUUUUUGAAGGUACAGUUUUGAGACAGAGAAGUUUUAUUGGGCUUGGUCAGUUGUUGGUUUACACCUGUGGCCAGACCCACUCACAGCAGCUUUAUUCUGUUGACGAAUACACUUGUGCCAGUGGCCAGUGCCUUACCCAUUCUUCAGUUUGUGAUUCUGGAAUGGGAUGCUCCAGUGGGAAUGAUGAAGAUUCAUUCAGGAAUAUAACCCUAGACGUUUCUGCAAGUCACCUCACCUGGGACUUCGAGUCUGGUUUCUGUGGCUGGGAACCAUUUUCCACAGAAGACUCCCACUGGGAGGUGGUGGAAGGGCUGAGCCGUGGUGAACACCCAUUUCCUGGGGCUGGCCACACAGAGGACACCAACCACGGAUCAUUUAUUUAUUUUGGUCCACAGCAGUCUACUGGGGUGGCCAGGCUUGGAAGUCCUAUCCUUACCAAAUCCCCUACUGCCUCUACUCCAUGCCAGGUUCUAUUUUGGUAUUAUUUAUCGGAACAUUCCCGUCUCUCUGUUUUCACAAGAACAUCGUUAGAUGGUAGCUUGCUAAAGCAGAGUGAAGUUACCAGGCUCCCUGAAUCUCAGUGGAGCCAAGCAAAAGUCGAUCUCCAUGCAAAAGCUGGAGAGUCUACUUUUCCUUUCCAGUUAAUUUUGGAAGCUACUGUUUUCUCAUCGAAUGCUGCUGUUGCUGUAGAUAACAUCAGUAUAUCCCAGGAAUGUGAAAUUUCCUCUAAGUCACUUCAAAGUACCAGCUUACAAAACCAAGUUGCCAAUUGUGACUUUGAAGCAAACAGCUGUGGGUGGUUUGAAGCCAGUGGUGGUGACGAUUUUGACUGGACGUGGAGCUCCCAAAGCGGUCUCUCUGCUGAUUUUGAGCAGCAAGCCCCACCUGGAGAUCACACUCAUGGCACAGCUCAAGGGCAUUUCAUGUUUAUUUUGAAGAACAGCAGCAACUUGUUUCAAACUGCCAAACUUCAGAGCCCAACGUUCAGCCAGACAGGGCCUGGGUGCACACUGUCAUUCUGGUUUUAUAACUAUGGACUGUCAGUGGGAGCAGCUGAGUUGCGACUACAUCUAGAAAAUUCCAAGGAUGCCACAGCCCUUUGGAGAGUGCUAUAUAACCAAGGAAACCAGUGGUCAGAGGCAACUGUCCAGCUCGGACGCCUCACUGAGCCCUUCUAUUUGUCACUAAAGAAAGUCAGUCUGUCGGUUUAUAGUGGGGUCUCUGCUAUCGAUGACAUUCGUUUUGAAGGUUGUGCUCUUCCUCCUCCUGUCGAGAGCUGUGAUGAACCAGAUCACUUCUGGUGUGGACAGACAAAGGCUUGCGUGGGAAGACAUCAGCUCUGUGACCUGGUCGAUGACUGUGGAGAUCGUACAGAUGAGAUUGAUUGUGCACCUGAAUUACAGUGUGACUUUGAAAGUGGAAUUUGUAACUGGGAACAAAGUGUGGAAGAUGACUUCGACUGGACUAGGAACCAGGGUCCAACUUCAACACUGAACACAGGCCCAAUGAAAGAUAACACUCUGGGCACAGCCACGGGACACUACCUCUAUAUAGAAACUUCGGGGCCACAGGGUUUUCAAGACAAAGCUGUUUUACUCAGUCCGAUCCUUAAUGCCACGGAAGCAAGUAACUGCACCUUCCGCCUGUACUACCACAUGUUUGGAAAGCAUAUUUACCAGCUGGCAGUCUACCAGAGAAUCUGGAGCAAUUCCAGGGGACAGCUGCUGUGGCAGAUAUUUGGGGAUCAAGGCGACAGAUGGAUAAGGAAACACCUCCCAAUUUCCAGCAGGCAACCCUUUCAGAUCUUGAUCGUGGCUUCAGUUGGAGAUGGCUUCACUGGUGAUAUUGCAAUUGAUGAUCUGUCAUUCAUGGAUUGUACCCUCUACCCAGGUAAUUUGCCGAUGGACAUUCCAAAUCCACCAGAACCUUCAGUUCCAGUGACCGUGCCUCCACACAACUGCACAGAUGAUCAAUUUGUCUGUAGGUCUAAUGGUCACUGUGUUGGAAAAAUUCAGCAAUGUGACUUCAGAAAUGACUGCCCUGACAAGUCAGAUGAAUCCUCUUGUGUUCUGGAGGUUUGUACAUUUGAAGAGAGAAACCUAUGUAAAUGGUACCAGCCAGAGCCUGCAAAUUCACCCCACGACGCAAAUACAUUCAGGUGGGGACUCAGUAAUGGGAUCAGUAUUCACCACGGGGAAGAAAACCACAGACCAUCAGUAGAUCACACAAAAAAUACCACAGAUGGUUGGUACCUGUAUGCUGACAGUUCAAAUGGGAAGUUUGGUGACCUGGCUGACAUCCUCACUCCUGUCAUCUCACUCAUGGGACCGAGGUGUACUUUGGUGUUCUGGACGUAUAUGAAUGGUGCCACAGUAGGUUCUCUCCAGGUGCUCAUCAAAAAAGGCAAUGUUAUCUCCAAAGUGUGGGCUCAGAGUGGACAGCAAGGGCCACGGUGGAAGAAAGUGGAAGUGUUCUUGGGCACCCACUCACACGCAGAGAUUGUCUUUAGGGCAAAACGUGGUAUCAGUUACAUAGGAGAUGUGGCAGUCGAUGAUGUUUCCUUUCGAGAUUGCUCCCCAUUACUUAACACAAACAGAAAGUGUGCUGCUGACGAAUUCACGUGCGCUUCCAAGCACUGCAUUCUAAAGGACAGGCUGUGUGACUUUGUAAAUGACUGUGCAGAUAACUCAGACGAGACUGUGUUCAUCUGUGGUACCUCUGGUGGGCGCUGUGACUUCGAAUUUGACCUUUGUGCCUGGGAGCAGGAUCAGGAUGAGGGUUUUGACUGGACUCUGAAAUCCAGCAAUGUCCCAACUACAAGCACGGAGCCAGCUGUAGACCAUACCCUGGGAAAUUCUUCUGGUCAUUACAUCCUUCUCAAAACCUAUUUCCCACAGCAGUCCGUGAAAACAGCCAGAAUUUCAAGCCCAGUUAUAAGCAAGAGAAGCAAAGACUGCAAGAUAAUUUUUAAUUAUCACAUGUAUGGUCCUGGCAGUAGGAACCUCAUCUUGCUCCAGGUGACUGUCACAAACCACACAAAGACACUGCUCAAUCUCAUUGAAGAACAAGGCAAUUUCUGGCAGAGAAAAGAAUUGUUGUUGUCUAGUGAUGAAGACUUUCGACUCAAAUUUGAAGGCAGAGUUGGGGAAGGCUACCCUGGCAAUAUCGCCCUUGAUGACAUUGUGCUUACAAAGGGAUGUCUGCCAUCUCUCGUCUCCACAGAGGAAGACUUGGCUCCUCCCCUUCCAACAAGUUUUUGCCCACGUGGCUAUAAAGAAUGUCAAAAUGGCAGAUGCUAUAGUCCAGAGCAGAGUUGUGAUUUUGCAGAUGACUGUGGGGAUAACAGUGAUGAAAAUGAAUGUGGUGGUUCCUGCACUUUUGAGAAAGGUUGGUGUGGCUGGAAGAACUCCAUAGCUGAAAACUCAGACUGGGUUUCAGGAAUUGGCUCUCAUAAAAGUCGUCGACCCCCCAGAGACCACACACUUGGGAAUGAGCAUGGUCACUUCAUGUAUCUAGAGGCCACCCCAGUGGGUCUUCGCGGUGACAAAGCCCACUUCACGAGUGCCAUUUGGAAAGAAUCCAGCGCUGCCUGCACUAUGAGCUUCUGGUACUUCAUAUCUGAAAAAGCCACAGGGUCCAUUCAGAUUCUCAUUAAGACAGAUAAAGGACUGUCAGAAGUAUGGCAACAAAGCAAGCCAGACCCUGAUAAUCAUUGGCAAAAGGCCACCAUCCUGUUGGGAAAAUUAAGGAAUUUCAAGGUCAUAUUUCAAGGAAUCAGAACAAAGGAUCUAGGAGGUGGAGCUGCGGUUGAUGAUAUUGAAUUCAAGAACUGCACAACUGUAGGCGAAACUGCUGAGAUUUGCUCGGAAGCCACAGACUUUUUGUGCCAGGACAAGACAUGCAUUGCAUCCCACCUCGUUUGUGACUACAAGCCUGACUGCUCUGACAAGUCUGAUGAAGCUCAUUGCGGUUAUUACGUGAGCACAGCAGGAAGCUGCAAUUUUGAAACAGCAUCUGAAGACUGGACUGUAGUUUGUGGUCUCACCCAAGAUCCUGAAGACGACUUGGAUUGGGCCAUUGGCAGCACAAUUCCUACUGAAGCUUUGAACCCUGAUUCUGAUCAUACACCAGGUAGUGGUCGGCAUUUCCUGUACAUCAACUCUUCUGUCUCCAAACAAGGGUCUAUUGCAAGAAUCAUUACCUCUCAGCUCUUUCCAGCCAGCCUUGGAAUGUGUACUGUUCGGUUCUGGUUCUACAUGGUGGAUCCCCAGAUUAUGGGGAUUUUAAAGGUGUAUAUUAUUGAGGAAUCAGGACUAAACAUCUUGAUGUGGUCCAUAAUGCAAAACAAAAACACUGGAUGGACCUAUGCAUAUGUACCUCUCUCUAGUAAUAGUCCGUUCAAGGUGGUGUUUGAAGCUGACUUAGCUGGAAAGGAAGACAUCUUUAUUGCUCUUGAUGAUAUCACUUUUACCCCUGAAUGUGCUUCUGGAGGUCCGGCCUUACCACAGCCAUCAUUGUGUGAAGAAGACCAGUUUGCUUGUUUCUACAGCACCCAGUGUGUCCCUGCCUCAGAGAAGUGUGAUGGACGGGAAGACUGUAUAGAUGGAUCUGAUGAAAUAGGUUGCUCUUCCAGCCCCUCUCCUCAACUCUGCGGUAAUACCGAAUUCCAGUGCUCGGAAAGCCAGUGUAUCCCGUCUCUCCUGCUUUGCGAUGGAGUGGCUGACUGCCACUUUAAUGAAGACGAAUCCAGCUGCGCCAAUCAGAGCUGCCCCAAUGGAGCUUUGAUGUGCAACUCAUCAGGCAUCUGUGUCCCAGCUCACCAGCGCUGUGAUGGUAUAGCUCACUGUGAUCACUUCCAACUCGAUGAGUCCAGCUGCUCAGAGUGUCCAGUGUAUUAUUGCAGAAAUGGUGGCACUUGUGUGGUAGAGAAUAUUGGUCCCGUGUGUAGGUGUAGACAAGGAUGGACUGGAAAUCGAUGCCACAUCAGGUCUAAACCUUCUAGUGCGGGAUUAAUUUACACACAGAAUUACAUAUGGACUCUGCUGGGUAUCGGAUUCGGGUUCCUUGUGACCCAUAUUGCAGUGGCCAUCUUGUGUUACCUUGCGAACAGAAGAAGAAUGACGAGGAAAUCUGAGGGGGGUGGCAACUGUGCCUUUGUCAAUCCAGUUUAUGGGAAUUGCAUGAACCCACAGAAAACAGAGAGUUCCAUCUAUUCUUUCUCAAAUCCAUUUUAUGGUGCAAAAUCAGAAAGCCUGGAAACAAUAUCUCAUCAUCUCAAAUCAUAA